CACCUGCGUUCGUCUUCAUUGAUCACCUCGUCUCAUAUUGUACCUGGUCACCUGUGAUUUGCCCCAUCUCACCCUUCAAGUUGCUUCGUAGUGUCUUUGAGAGCGUCUCCAGCAGCACUGCCUCCAUCAUGGGCGACGGUGACAAGGAAGGGGCCCAACCCCAGCACUCCCUCAUCGGCGCUCUCGUUGAGCCAGACCCAAGUGACGACACCGGCCUGAACAGCCACUUUGGAUCCACGUUUGCUCCUCGCCGGAAUCCACCUUCUCCGCCGGCUUUUGCUGGUCUCAGGCAGAGCCCAUCCGUCGGCAUCCGCCCUCAAAACACCGGCAGCACCAUCGAAACCAACCCUUUCCGCCGUUCAAGGGCCUCCUCAGUCUCCAGGACUCCAACUCUCGUCAACCAUGGAGAAUCUCCUCCUUGGAGACGGUAUGAGUACCCUUCUCCUCCCAAUUCUGCCAGUCCCCACAAGGAGCACUUCUCGCACCGUUCCGAAGCUUUCGGAUCACUGAACGAAGGAGGACGUCCUCGACGAUCUAGUCAACCCAAUCAACCUAGUUCCUCCCCUUCGCCAUCGAAAGGUGGGGUCCUCGUUCGUGGUGGCUCUCUUCGUGAGCGUUACCCGGGAGAUAAUUCCCAUAGACCCCUUGAUGUCAUUCGCAAGGACACUAAGGCUGCCAAUCGUGCUUACCAUCUCAGAAAGAAGAACUUCCAGGGCGCCGAUACUAUCGAUCGCCUCGAUCGGAGCGGUUUAAGCUACCACCAUGAGGGGCCGUACGACGCGGCCAACUUUUCCAGAAACACGAACUGGAAGCACAGCCCCGUUGCUGCGGUUCGAGAUUCCAAUGAAGAGGCAUUGAGGGCCACCCCGAGGGAGAACAUCAUUGACGCAGUGACGAGGCACCGUCCCCUCGAAGGAGUUGCGGUUGUCCCGCCCGGCGUGCCCGAUAAAUUCGGUCGGGUGCUCGACUAUGAGGAGGGAGCGGACUUGAUGAGGGAGCCGGGUGCUGACUACAAGCGAUGGCCUGGUGUGGAAUAUCUCCCUGGCGAUCUCAAAGGGAAAGGCGAGCCCUCCUACUCCAUAGAGAAAGCCCUUAAAGACCACAAGCAAUAUGGAGACACCGGUAUUGAACUGUCCACCCGCCGCCGCAACCAGUCCCUCGGUGCUGCCGAUGCAUCAAGCGUUCCCAUCGAAGCCCUCGAUGACGGAGCAGGCGUCGGAAGGAGCAAUACUACUGGGAAGAGCAUAGGCGGUUCUUUGAAGAAACGAUUCGGCAGCCUACGCCGACGACGAGCCGAGACUUAAACAUACACACCCCAUGGAGAAACGACGGAAAUACACAAUCACGCGAACUAAUGCCAUACAUGAGGUUAGUAGGGCUGACGGCGAUUAUGCUGGUGACAUGGAGCGCUCUUCUAUAUAUAAGUAUGUUCAUGGGCUGGUUCUCCUUUGUCAGUACGCAGCGCGCGGUAUACGACUGAACAACAAAUGAUGGAUAGAUCGGUAUACACACAACAAAACUAACACGGAAUGGCUUGGUACGCCACGGUAGUCGUAGUAUCUAACUCAUGAGAUAUGAUCAAUUGCUCCAAUCUCGAUCACGCCACUACCUGGUUAGAUUACUUUAUCGACUCCAUGACUCUUUAUUCCUC